AUGGAGGGAAGUGAAAUAACAAUGGAUACAAUAUUAUCCCGAUUGAAGCAGCUCACCUCUGACGAGCUUAGAGGAGAAAUUGUAAGAGCGGGACUGAAAUGUGGGCCCAUUACUUCGACUACUAGGUUUAUUUUUGAAAAAAAAUUGGCUCAGGCAUUAUUGGAGCAGCAAGGAGUGUUGGAGGAAAAAGGAUCUGCUCUGUCAGAGGCGGCUGCUGGAAAUGUCCCAUCUGAUGGCAGCCAGGCAGAAGCACAAAAGGCUUUGAAAACUACGGCAGUGAAUCACAACGGCCAUGGAAGUGUUUCUGAAGAGGUAGACUUUGGGUACUGUGUAGGUCUGAACCCUCCAGAAGAAGAUGCUGUGAUGCACAUGAACUGUUCAGCUCCUGUCUGUGGAGCAGGAUGCGUUGAUUCACAAAUCAGUGCUCAGACACCGUCCAGAGAUCCUCCGCUAUUCUAUGGUGUUUGUCCAGUUUAUGAUGACAUAUUGGCAAGGAAUGAGAGAAUACAUGUUUAUGAAGAUAAAAAGGAAGCUCUCCAAGCUGUUAAGAUGAUUAAGGGUUCCCGUUUUAAAGCUUUUUCAAACAGAGAGGAUGCUGAGAAAUUUGCUAAAGGAAUCUGUGAUUAUUUCCCAUCUCCAAGCAAGUCCUCUUUAUGUUUGUCUCCAGUGAAAAUGGGAUCAUUUAACAGAGAUGGCUUAUGCUCCCCUGAGUCCGAAACUGCGAAUAAGGAGAGAGCCAACAGUUACAAAAGUCCACGUACUCAAGAUCUUACUGCUAAACUUCGGAAAGCUGUCGAGAAGGGAGAUAUAGCAACAUUUUCAGAACUUAUUUGGAGUAACCCUCGCUAUCUGAUUGGGUCAGGAGACAAUCCUACAGUUGUACAGGAAGGGUGUAGGUACAACGUCAUGCAUGUUGCUGCCAAGGAGAAUCAAGCUGCUGUCUGCCAGUUAUUACUGGACACUUUGGAAAACCCUGAAUUUAUGCGGCUUAUGUAUCCAGAUGAUAAUGAUACAAUGCUGAAGAAUCGCAUCCACUAUAUCGUUGACCUUUACCUUAAUACACCAGAUAAAAUGGGGUUUGAUACUCCAUUGCAUUUUGCCUGCAAGUUUGGGAAUUUGGAUGUUGUUAAUGUGCUUACCUCACACCCAGCUAUUGUAAAAAAUCGAAGAAACAAAUAUGAUCAAACUCCAGCAGAAGUAGUUUGUGAAAGAAGCAAGAAUAAAUCUGCAGAAUUGAAAGAAAAACUGAGAGAGUACUUGAAAGGUCGAUACUAUGUACCACUCUUGAGAGCAGAAGACAAUUCCUCAGCUCCUGUAAUCGGUGCCCCAUGGUCACCCGAUCAGACAGAUGAUAGCCCCCAAAGAACUUUACCUAAAUACACCGGCAGCCCCAAAGAUCCAGUAUUGUCGAUAAGAGCUUUCGCAGGCCCCAUGAGCCCCUCAAAGGCUGAAGAAUUUCGCAGGCUUUGGAAGACUCCACCUCGAGAGAGGGCUGGCUUCUUUCACAACGUCAGGAAAUCUGAUCUGGAGAGAGGUGUUGAAAGAGUUGGAAGGGAGUUAGCUCAUGAACUGGGGUUCCCGUGGGUUGAAUACUGGGAAUUUCUGGGCUGUUUUGUUGAUCUGUCUUCCCAGGAGGGGUUGCGAAAAUUAGAAGAGUACCUGAGUCAUCGGGAAAUGAGCGAAAAGGCUCAGCAAGAAACAGGGGAAAAUGAAACCUGCAAUAGAUACAAAACGCCACAUCCUUCUGGCAAGAGUAAAAAAUGCUGCAAUUCUAUUUCUGUUGGAGCAUUUUUGGAUGAGGAUGAUGAUGACAUGAGCUUGGAAGAAAUUAAAAACAGACAAAAUGCAGCACGGAAUAUCAGCCAACCUGUUGUGUCCAAAGAACCUAGCAUUGGUGCCAUAGGAGACGCUGAGUGCGAUAUCUUGUCAAUGGAGCGUAUGGUAAACAUUAUAGAACCAUCGGAUCAGCCCAGGCACUAUGAGAAGGCAGUUUCUUCCAGCAAAAAUGGGUUUUGUAAUCCUGUGUCCAGUGAAAGGAUAACUAGCGACAGAAAGCAUUUGCAUGACGGAGAAGAAUGCGUUUUAUCACCCGUUUCCAAUUUAAUGUCAGAAUUUGAAAGCCUGUCAUUCCAAGAGCAAGAGGUUGCAGGAGAAUCAAAUAAAAUCACUGACAAAACUGAGAAUGAGAGAAUUCUGGCUGAAGGAACAAGUCAGGCUAGAAUAUCCAAGGACCACCUGGGUAAGACCGGCUAUGCAGUUUCACCGGCAAGUUCUUCUGAGGCAAGUGUUACAGGCAAACCUGGAGAGACCAAGUUAAGGACAGAACACAAAAUACCAUCAGAAAAGGAGAGGCUGUCUGUGGAAUCCAGCUUUCAGACCAAUGAGGCACAACAUCAAGAACAUUCUUCCCAGAAAUUUCUUGUGAAGGCUUCACCCACAAAUGACAAUUCUAAGAAGUUAUUCCUGCUUGGGGAGCAGCCCUCGAAGCUGGAUAGUGAUGUCUUAGCCGCUAUAGAAGCAGUGGAGAUUGAUCCACAGAAAUACCCGAUGAUUUACAAGUGGAAACACGCAGUGCAGUCCUACUCUUCAUCUGACAGGCAAAGUUGGCCAAGUCCAGCACUGAAGGCAAGACUCAGGUCCCAAACCAUCGCUUCAGCGUAUUCUAAUUCAGGAAGAAAUAGUCCCAUCACAGGAAGUCCAGGAAAAUACAGCAAUGCUGCCUCGCUCUCUCCGGACCCUGGGAGUCCUGGGCGCUACAGUCCAGCUUCUGUCCACCACGCUCUGUUAAAACUGCGGUAUUUUUCAGAGCCUCCUGCCCACUAAAAUAUGAUUCAUCUUCCUGGGACUUCAAUUAUAUUUUCAUUGUUAGAGUGGAGGGAAAAAAACUACAAUGUUACUGACGUGACAUGAGGUUUGUACUUGGCUAUUUAUUUUUCCUCAAUUGAGGACAACUGUAUGUUAAAAAAAAAAAAAGGAAUAUUUUGUCUUUAUGCCAUCCAUAUAUGAGAUAGAUGACUGGUGAUACGCAAGAAAUUAGUGACAGUGCAGUUGUCCAGUAGCUAUGAAUUAACCCUUGGUGCCAGUCAAGCAGUGAGCUGAAGCUGUACUUAGAAACGGUGGUAUUUCACUGUCACCAGUUGUCAUUGUUGUAACGAAUCCGUUAGCCCUCAGCUGCAUUCCUUUUGCUGGGGUACUCAGGAGGAAGCACAUCAUCAGUAAACAGAAAUCUUACAAGAGGAAAGUGAUGGCAAGAAAUCAAAUGUUCUUCCACUGGCAGGGGGAAUGCUCCGAGUGAAAAGCCUAAAACAAAGCCUGGCUAAGGGCAGAGUGUGAGUGUGAAACCUGUGCAGCAGCAGAGAGGGAGCGUUCCUACCCGGCAGCGCGGCCGAGGCAGGGGAAUGCACCCAGACCCACACACUCACCUGGCUGGGUGGAGGUAUGCACGUAGUUACACAGAAAAACUGGACUCUCGGCUUAGAGGCCGUUAAAAACACCGUGAUGUACUGAGUGUUUUAGUAAAGGGGCACUGUAGAAAUUACUGGUAUUCCUUUAAAUGUUAGUUUGAAGAUUAAAAGAAACAUAUAAAAAUUAGCUGGUUCUUUUUUCCCACAGAAGCUUUUAACGUUAGCAGAUUUUAAUAGCUAUUACACAAAAGCACAUCAGCAAUAAUUUCAGCGAAUUUACCAGCAAGAUACCUUAAUGGUCUAGUUUGUAAUAUAUCAGCGUGGUGGCCAGUGAUCCAGGAUGUGGCUCCUUAUUUCCCCACUGUAAAGAGAGGAAUAAGGACUGAAAAUAUUUUUAUUGAAAGCUAAGCUUCUCCUGUGUCUCCAGUCUUGAUGCGGUAAUGAGGUUCUGUUACAGCAGUCAGUAAUUUUAUUCUUUAGCCUUCUGUGAGAAUGACUUGUUUCGACAGUAUGACACUGAGAUUGAAGAAAGCUUUUCAAAACUCACAGACAGUUUUUCUGUAUCAGGCUUAAUGGUUGUAAUGGUGCUUUGAAAGAAGGCUUCCAGCAACAGAGUUCUCUAGUGGUGAUAGUUCUUGUUAAAAAAAAAAAAGAAAAAAAAAAGAAAAACCUAUCUAACGUGAAUCUGAUCAGAAAAUUAAAAUCUGCCAGGGCUGUGCUGGUAACAAGGGAUGGAUUCGGAUUCACUGAUGCCACACAGUAAGUGAGAAAGCAUGAGCCCUCCUUGGCCGGCUGGAAGCUCAGCGAGUGUCUGACACUCCCGGUGCAGGACGGGGCCGUGCAGGAGCGGCUGCCCGCUGCAGGGCUCCCCAGUACAGAAGCUGGAGUUAGAAAUCUGGAGGGCGAGGCGCUUGCUGGCUGUUGCACACUGC